UCGAAGUUUGAACAAGCGCUUAUUGAUUUCGAAAUCGUGCAUGUCAGUGCAAGAAAAUCCUAUUUCCUCAUUGGAAUAUUAUGCUAAUAUUGCUUGUUAGCGACAGAUUAGAAAAAUUAGAAAAAUUUUGAGCAAAUAAAUAACUUUUUGUUACCAUCAUAAAGUGAAUCGUUAAGGCAGUACGAUCAUAUUCAUGGAUGAAGUGAAAUCGUGUACUCGGGAGAUCAUUUUCGACGCCAUGAAUAGCGAGGUGGAUUUGUCAGUUGAGCGACCGUCUAGACCCGUUAUGCGUCGCAAGAAGGGCUUAAAAUCAGGUUACAAGUGCCAACACCAGUUCUCCGUCAAGGAUAUCGCGCCUCCCCAUGCACCUCCACCGGAGGUCACUGGCCAGUAUCAUUCGCACGGUUUCCAGGAUAUCGAUUCCAACUUGCACCGUGAUGGUCCACGGUCGUCUCCAGGGCGAUCGCCGUCGAAGGAAUCCUCCGAGAUACCACAACGUGCACCCUUGUUGCAUCCACCCGCGCGUACGGCUAUCAGCCUCGCCUUUGAUUCCGGAGAAGGGUCUAGUAAAAUACCGAUUCGUAUGUUGCAGGCACCCUCCCCGCGUGAAGCCACGCCUUCGGACGCCAACACUUCCAGCUCAGACGAUGACGAGGAUCCCGAUCCCAACCAUAUCGACUACGUGACGCUGUGCGCGUCCAUCCAGCCGGUGAUCCACCAGGGCUUUAUCUACCGCCGCGCUCGAAAACUCGACACUGCCGAGCACCUGGCCUACAUCUGCUAUCAUCAUCAGCGCCGCAGGGAGAUCUGUCCGGGUGGCCUGUACGUCACUCGUGCCUCGCCACAUCUUCCGUUCCGGACAGCGCACUGUCACGGUCCGAAUUUCCAGCGCUGCCUGGAUUUGUAUCUGGAGGAGGCGGCGCUACGCCACCUGCACGAGUGGGUCUUCGAGGCCGACGAUCCGCUGGAGGGAUAUAAGGCGUAUUAUGCCAUUGACUGCAAAAUGGCCGAACUGCUGCCGACCUGGGAGACUUUUCGGAAGCAUUGCCGGGCGGAGUUGAAAGCGGCAAAAAAACCGAAGUUCGUCGCAGUCAGCCCUAUGAAAAACUGCGGAAGCGCCGGAGUGGGCAGCCAUCAUUACAUGCAUUUGCAUCGCACGCAAUAUUCACGAUGCUUCUAUCACUACGAAUCACAACAAACCUCCGGAGGAAUGAAUGUUGCGGCACCGUCUUCAGCAGUUGGGCAUACUGUUGAACUGUAAAGAUUUUCUCCUAUUUUUCAUUGUUUGGCCUUGCUUUGUAAAACGAUAUCUUAUGUAACUAACAAUUAUAAGGUUGAGUAAAACACGGCACAGGCAACAGCUGAUAAUCGUGCGGUAUGGGGAGUGUUUCCGGUGAUAAACUUGGAAAGAACAUAUUGCAUUCGUAUGAUCAGCUUGUGCUUCUGUCGAAUAAACGCUGAUUUACCGUGUAAUAUG